GUAGCGAGAAGCGAAAUAGGGAACCGAUUUUUUUUCCCAUAUGCUAACAUCGUGCCCUAGUACAUACAUUUCUCCAUUGCUUUCUCCCAAAAUUUUUGUACGUUACACACAUUUCUUGAUAACCCUUCCUCCGCAAAGCAUAAUUUACUUGCGAAAAUGAAUAGUAUCCUGUGUUUUAUAUCAAAGUUUUUGAGUUCUUAAUUGUAACUGGGAACAUUCUGCAUAAAAAUGUUACAAACGGCGCAUUGUGUUGGAGGAAGUGUAUAUCCGUGUUUCCCCAAAAAUGACAAGAUUUACGGAAUACAUCUCGUGCCGACCACAGAACCAAACGAAAUUCAUGGAAAAGUGCAAAUCUGUUCCCCACAUGAGAUUGAACAUUAUGGCAUUGUUGUCGAGUUUGAAGGAAUCGUCACUUUUAGCGAUCGAUUUAAAAACGUGAUUAAAGUAUUUGCACCAGAACCUGAAACUAAUACGGUAUUAAGAUCAACUGUUUAUCAUCAGAUUUGUGGCCGAAAAGAAGGAUUAGAGAAAGGAGAUCCUCCACCACAAUGCCGUAAGAAGCUGAGACCAAUAUCUCACAUAUUUGAGUUUCGCCUCGUCUGGCCAACAACACAACCAUUACCUCCAACCUUAACCACACGUCGUGUCGAUGUGACAUACUAUAUAAUUUUAUAUAAGAGAACGCUAGACGGGUAUGAACAGAUAGAACAAAAACAACUCAAGUUUUACGGCUAUCACGGCCUCCCGUCGCCUCAUGAUCAAUUUCUUGGUAAUGGUGGCAGACCUGCGUUUCUCCAAGAAGUGACGCGAGAGUUCUCGACAAAUGGCAUCGAGAUAAUGAUUCAAACGCCUGGAAGGAAUUACCUUCGAACUGAAAUUAUACCUUGGUCGAUUUCAGUUCGAAACGAGAAACAUCAACGAAUUGCGGCAAUCUCUGUACAUCUAAUACGGAAUACAACAGUGUUUUCUGAGCGUAAUGCAGAGAUAGUGGACACCUUUGUGAAUAAAAAGAUAUCAGGUCGGAAGGAGUUUUGCAUUCGAGGAGGAUUUAAAGGGAGAAGAGAACUUCCGACGUUCCAAUGUCCUGGAGUUCAUGGUUUGCAAGUUACAUAUUGCAUUAAGUGUGAAUUGUCCAUCCGUGAUGAAGAGGAAACAACAAAUAUUACGAGCAAUGAACUUGAAGUUGUGAUCGGGACCACGGUUAUUCCAUCGAAUCAGACAAAUUCCGAGGACGAAAUUACACCACUCCCAUUCCGAAUGAGAUGCAUGUCGCUGGCGUCAUCAAUGUUGACACUGUUUCCGCCAGCCUACUCACAAUUGUCGUCGAGAUCUGGUUCCGUCACUUCUCUGGAGACAUUACCACCUCAUUAUGACGAUUUGGUGCAAAAUUUCUACGAAGAGAAGGCAGAGUAGAAUUUAUUAAAUAUGUUCCUAAGUCUUAUGUCAUUGCUACAUACAUAACACAUUAUCACAUCUUAUGAAUCAGAGCUUUAUUACGUGUACAAUUCUAUUUAUUACAUAUACAUGUAAGUCAUAUAUUUUAUAAUAAUCUUAUUGUUUCAUCGCUGAACAACUUUUCAUACAUAUUUAAAAUUUCCGACUACAUGGAAUCACUGUUUAUUACGUAAACACCCACAUUGUUAACCUUCACUCCACUGGAUCUUACCUGACUACUACAUACAUAUUCACUUAAUCUAUUUCAAUUGAUCUAAAUAAAUUAAAUCAUAUUUAUCAA